AGGAGGAGCUGGAGGAAGCCCUGACUGUAUCCUUGGAUCAGGUCCAGGGUUUGGAGCUCAGUCUUCCACCAAAGGACUCUCAGUUCUCCUGCGCUCCAGCCUCCUGCAAGGACCGCAAGGGGUUUCCUCCUCCGCCCGAGCCCCGCUCUUGUAGAAAGGAAAGCAGACACCAUCAGCGGGAAAACCAUGCGAACCUAAGUGAAUAGAGAAGCCCAGGGACAUACAUUUCUUCAGAUUUGCUCAGGGUUCCCACUUGGUGCUUAGGCACGUUCAAAAUGAGGAAACAUCGACAUUUGCCCGUGGUGGCCAUGUUUUGUCUCUUUCUCUCAGGCUUUUCUCUUACCCGUGCCCAACAGCAGCAAGCAGAUGUCAAAAAUGGUGCUGCUGCCGAUAUAAUAUUUCUAGUGGAUUCCUCUUGGAGCACUGGAAAGGAACAUUUCCGACUUGUUCGAGAGUUUCUGUAUGAUGUUAUAGAAUCUUUAGCUGUGGGAGACAGUGAUUUCCGUUUUGCUCUGGUCCAGUUCAACGGCAACCCACACACUGAGUUCCUGUUAAAUACGUACCGUACUAAGCAAGAAGUCCUCUCCCACAUUUCCAACAUGUCCUAUAUUGGGGGAAGCAAUGAGACUGGAAAAGGAUUAGAAUACAUAAUGCAGAAUCACCUUACUGAGGCUGCUGGAAGCCGGGCCCGUGAUGGAGUCCCUCAGGUUAUCGUAGUGUUAACUGAUGGACACUCGGACGACGGCCUUACUCUGCCCUCAGUGGAACUUAAGUCUGCUGAUGUUAACGUGUUUGCGAUUGGAGUUGAGGAAGCAGAUGAAGGAGCGUUAAAAGAAAUAGCAAGCGAACCGCUCAAUCUGCAUGUUUUCAACCUAGAGAAUUUUACCUCACUUCAUGACAUAGUAGGAAACUUAGUGUCCUGUGUGCAGUCAUCCGUGGCUCCAGAAGGGGCUGGAGGCACAGAGACCCUUAAAGACAUCACAGCACAAGACUCUGCUGACAUUAUUUUCCUUAUUGACGGAUCAAACAACACCGGAAGUGUCCAUUUUGCAGUCAUUCGCGACUUCCUUGUAAAUCUCCUUGAGAGACUCUCAGUCGGAGCUCAGCAGAUCCGAGUGGGGGUGGUCCAGUAUAGCGAUGAGCCCAGAACCGUGUUCUCCUUGGACACCUACUCCACCAAGGCCCAGGUUCUGGACGCAGUGAAAGCCCUUGCAUUCACUGGCGGGGAGCUGGCCAAUGUCGGCCUUGCCCUUGAUUUCGUGGUGGAGAACCACUUCACCCGGGCAGGGGGCAGCCGAGUGGAGGAAGGGGUUCCCCAGGUGCUGGUCCUCAUAAGUGCUGGGCCUUCUAGUGACGAGAUCCGCGACGGGGUGGUAGCGCUGAAGCAGGCUAGCGUGUUCUCGUUUGGCCUCGGAGCCCAGGCCGCCUCCAGGGCCGAGCUUCAGCACAUAGCUACCAAUGACAACUUGGUGUUUACUGUCCCGGAAUUCCGUAGCUUUGGGGACCUCCAGGAGCAAUUACUGCCGUACAUUGUUGGCGUGGCCCAAAGGCACAUUGUCUUACAACCGCCAACCAUUGUCACAGAAGUCAUUGAAGUCAACAAGAGAGACAUAGUUUUCCUGGUGGAUGGCUCAUCCGCACUGGGACUGGCCAACUUCAAUGCAAUCCGCGACUUCAUUGCCAAAGUCAUCCAGAGGCUGGAAAUCGGACAGGAUCUUAUCCAAGUGGCAGUGGCUCAGUAUGCCGACACUGUGAGGCCAGAGUUUUAUUUCAAUAGCUACCCCAAUAAAAGGGAAGUCAUUACCGCCGUGCGGAGAUUGAAACCCAUGGAAGGCUCGGUCCUGUACACGGGCUCCGCUCUGGACUUUGUUCGCAACAACCUGUUCACUAGUUCGGCUGGCUACCGGGCCGCCGAGGGGGUCCCUAAGCUUCUGGUGCUGAUUACAGGCGGUAAGUCCCUAGAUGAAAUCAGCCAGCCUGCCCAGGAGCUGAAGAGAAGCAGCAUCAUGUCCUUUGCCAUUGGGAACAAGGCGGCGGACCAGGCUGAGCUGGAAGAGAUUGCUUUUGAUUCCUCCCUGGUGUUCAUCCCUGCUGAGUUCCGAGCUGCCCCUUUGCAGGGCGUGUUGCCUGGCUUGCUGGCGCCUCUCAGGACCCUCUCCGGAACCUCUGAAGUUCACGUAAACAAAAGGGAUAUCAUCUUUCUUUUGGAUGGAUCGCUCAACGUCGGAAAGGCCAAUUUCCCUUAUGUGCGGGACUUUGUCAUGAACAUAGUUAACAGCCUUGAUGUCGGAGGCGACAAUAUUCGUGUCGGUUUAGUGCAAUUUAGUGACACUCCAGUAACGGAGUUCUCCCUAAACACAUACCAGGCCAAGUCAGAUUUGCUGGCCCAUGUGAGGCAGCUGCAGCUCAAGGGGGGGUCGGGCCUGAACACGGGCUCGGCCCUGAGCUACGUGCACGCGCACCACUUCACCGAAGCUGGCGGCAGCAGGAUCCGUGAACACGUGCCGCAGCUCUUGCUCCUGCUUACGGCCGGGCAGUCCGAGGACACCUACUUGCCCGCUGCCAAUGCUUUAGCGCGUUCAGGGGUCCUCACCUUCUGUGUGGGGGCUGGCCGGGCAAAUAAGGCAGAACUUGAGCAGAUGGCUUUUAACCCAAGCCUGGUGUAUCUCAUGGAUGAUUUCAGCUCCCUGCCAGCUUUGCCUCAGCAGCUGAUUCAGCCCCUGACCACUUAUGUUAGUGGAGGGGUGGAGGAGGUGCCGCUCGCCCAGCCAGAAAGCAAGCGAGACAUUCUAUUCCUCUUCGAUGGCUCAGCCAAUCUCUCGGGCCAGUUCCCUGCCGUCCGUGACUUUCUCUACAAGGUUAUUGAUGAGCUUGAUGUGAAACCGGAGGGGACCCGGAUUGCAGUGGCUCAGUACAGUGAUGACGUCAGGGUGGAGUCCCGUUUUGAUGAGCACCAGAAUAAACCUGAAAUCCUGAGUCUUGUCAAGAGAAUGAAGAUCAAGACCGGCAAAGCCCUCAAUCUGGGCUACGCACUGGACUACGCACAGAGGUACAUUUUUGUGAAGUCUGCAGGAAGCCGGAUCGAGGAUGGAGUGCUUCAGUUCCUGGUGCUGCUGGUUGCAGGAAGGUCAUCAGAUCGUCUGGACACUCCUGCACUCAACCUGAAGCAGAGUGGGGUGGUGACUUUUGUACUGCAGGCCAAGAACGCAGAUCCUGCUGAGCUGGAGCUGAUGGUGCCUUCUCCCGUCUUCAUUCUGGCCGCUGAGUCACUUCCCAAGAUCGGAGAGCUUCAACCUCAGAUUGUCAGCCUCUUAAAAUCGGUGCACAAUGGGGCACCAGCACCAGUUUCAGGUGAAAAGGAUGUGGUAUUUCUGAUUGAUGGCUCUGAGGGCGUCAGGAGCGGCUUCCCUCUGUUGAAAGAAUUUGUCCAGAGAGUGGUGGAGAGCCUGGAUGUGGGCCCAGACCGGGUUCGUGUGGCCGUGGUACAGUACAGUGACCGGACCAGACCCGAGUUCUACCUAAAUUCCUACAUGGAUCAGCAGAGUGUGGUCAGCGCCGUACGCAGGCUGAACCUACUGGGAGGGCCGACCCCCAACACUGGGGCUGCCCUGGACUUCGUCCUGAGGAAUAUCCUGAUUAGCUCGGCCGGAAGCAGGAUAGCAGAAGGUGUCCCCCAGCUCCUGAUUGUCCUCACGGCAGACAGGUCUGGGGAUGACGUGAGGGGUCCCUCGGUCGUCCUGAAGAGGGGAGGGGCAGUGCCCAUUGGCAUCGGCAUCGGGAAUGCUGACAUCACCGAGAUGCAGACCAUCUCCUUCAUCCCCGACUUUGCCGUGGCCAUUCCUACCUUCCGGCAGCUGGGGACCAUCCAGCCCGUGAUCUCCGAGAGAGUCAUCCAGCUCAACCGGGAAGAACUAAGGAGGCUGCAGCCAGUUCUGCUCCCCCCAACGAGCCCAGGUGUUGGAAGCAAGAAGGAUGUGGUCUUUCUCAUUGAUGGGUCCCAAAGUGCUGGUCCUGAAUUUCAGUAUAUCCGCACCCUCAUUGAGAGGCUGGUUGACUACCUGGACGUGGGCUUUGACACGACUCGGGUGGCAGUCAUCCAGUUCAGCGAGGACCCCAGGGUGGAAUUCCUGCUGAACGCCCAUUCCAGUAAGGAUGAAGUACAGAAUGCAGUGAGGCGGCUGAGGCCCAAAGGUGGGAGGCAAAUCAACAUUGGGAGUGCCCUGGAGUACGUGUCAAAGAAUAUCUUCAAGAGGCCCCUGGGAAGCCGGAUUGAAGAGGGUGUCCCUCAGUUCCUGGUCCUCAUUUCAUCUGGGAAAUCUGAUGAUGAGGUAGACGAUUCUGCAGCCGAGCUCAAGCAGUCUGGUGUGGCACCAUUUACCGUGGCAAGGAAUGCAGACCAGGAAGAGUUGGUGAAGAUCUCCCUGAAGCCUGAAUACGUGUUCUCAGUGAGCACAUUCCGGGAACUGCCCAGCCUAGAGCAGAAACUGCUGACCCCCAUCACAACCCUAACUUCAGAACAGAUACAGAGGAUCCUGACCAGCACUCGCUAUUCUUCUCCAGCUACGGAGAGUGAUGCUGCGGACAUUGUCUUCCUAAUCGAUAGUUCUGACAGUAUCAAGCCUGAUGAUGUUGCACAUAUUCGGGACUUUGUUAUCAAGAUCGUUCGCAGACUCAACAUUGGCCCGAAUAAAGUGAGGAUCGGGGUUGUACAAUUCAGCAAUGAAGUCUUCCCAGAAUUCUUCCUGAAGACCCAUAAAUCCCAGGCCGCUGUGCUUGAUGCCAUACGUCGCCUGAGGUUCAAAGGGGGGUCCCCACUGAACACUGGCAAAGCUCUGGAAUUUGUGGCAAGAAACCUCUUUGUUAAGUCUGCUGGGAGCCGGAUAGAAGAUGGGGUGCCCCAACACCUGGUUCUCUUUUUGGGUGGAAAAUCCCAGGAUGAUAUUUCCAGAUUUUCACAGGUGAUUAGGUCCUCAGGGAUUGUGAGUUUAGGAGUAGGAGACCGAAAUAUCGACAGAACAGAGCUACAGACCAUCACCAACGACCCUAGGCUGAUCUUCACGGUGCGAGAGUUCAAAGAGCUCCCCAGCAUAGAAGACAGGGUCAUGCAUGCCUUUGGACCCUCUGGGGUCACGCCUGCACCUCCAGGAGUGGACGUACCUUCUCCCUCACGGCCAGAGAAAAAGAAAGCAGACAUUGUGUUCCUGUUGGAUGGCUCCAUCAAUUUCAGGAGGGACAGUUUCCAGGAAGUGCUCCGUUUUGUGUCUGAAAUUGUGGACACUUUGUAUGAGGGGGGUGAUUCCAUUCAAGUUGGGCUGGUCCAGUACAACUCUGACCCCACUGAUGAGUUCUUCCUGAAGGACUUUUCCACCAAGGAGCAGAUUAUUGAUGCCAUCAACAAAGUGGUCUACAAAGGGGGGAGACAUGCAAACACCAAGGUGGGCAUUGAGCACCUGCGCGUGAAUCACUUCGUGCCGGAGGCAGGCAGCCGCCUGGAUCAGAGGGUCCCUCAGAUUGCCUUUGUGAUCACGGGUGGAAAGUCCGUGGAGGAUGCCCAGGAGGCCAGCCUGGCACUCACCCAGAAAGGUGUCAAAGUGUUUGCUGUGGGGGUGAAGAACAUCGACUCAGAGGAGAUUGGGAAAAUAGCGUCAAACAGUGCUACCGGGUUCCGAGUGGGGAAUGUCCAGGAGCUGUCUGAAUUGAGCGAGCAAGUUCUGGAAACUCUGCAUGAUGCAAUGCAUGAAACCUUAUGUCCGGGUGUGACUGAUAUUUCCAAAGCCUGUAACUUGGAUGUGAUUCUGGGGUUUGACGGAUCAAGGGAUCAGAAUGUAUUUGUGACCCAGAAGGGCCUUGAGUCCAAGGUGGAUGCCAUCUUGAAUAGAAUCAGCCAGAUGCAAAGAAUCAGCUGCAGCGGCGGCCAGAUGCCCAAUGUGCGCGUGUCAGUGGUGGCCAACACGCCUUCAGGUCCCGUGGAGGCCUUUGACUUCGCCGAGUACCAGCCGGAGCUAUUUGAGAAGUUCCGGAACAUGCGUGGGCAGCACCCCUAUGUCCUCACUGCGGACACGUUGAAGGUCUAUCAGAACAAGUUCAGACAGUCCUCACCAGACAAUGUAAAGGUGGUCAUUCAUUUUACGGAUGGAGUGGAUGGAAGUCUGGCUGAUUUACAAAAGGCAUCUGAGGAACUCCGACAAGAAGGGGUCCACGCUCUGAUCCUGGUGGGCCUUGAACGUGUAGCCAACUUGGAGCAGCUGAUGCAGCUGGAGUUUGGGCGAGGCUUUCUGUACAGCCGGCCACUGAGGCUCAACUUGCUGGACCUUGAUUAUGAACUGGCAGAGCAGCUUGACAACAUUGCUGAGAAAGCUUGCUGCGGAGUUCCCUGCAAAUGCUCCGGACAAAGGGGAGACCGCGGGCCCAUUGGCAGCAUCGGGCCAAAGGGUAUUCCCGGGGAAGAUGGCUAUCGAGGUUAUCCCGGUGACGAGGGCGGCCCCGGUGAGCGCGGUCCUCCUGGUGUGAAUGGCACACAAGGUUUCCAGGGCUGCCCCGGGCAGAGAGGAAUAAAGGGCUCUCGUGGAUUCCCAGGAGAGAAGGGUGAAUUAGGAGAAAUCGGGCUAGAUGGUCUCGACGGUGAAGAUGGAGACAAAGGAUUGCCUGGUUCUUCUGGAGAGAAAGGGAAUCCUGGUAGAAGGGGUGACAAAGGACCUAAAGGGGACAAAGGAGAGAGAGGGGACAUUGGAAUUCGAGGUGACCCGGGUGACUCAGGACGGGACAGUCAGCAGAGAGGACCCAAAGGAGAAACUGGAGACAUUGGUCCCAUGGGUCUCCCAGGGAGAGAUGGGGUAUCUGGAAGGCCUGGAGAAACCGGGAAGGACGGUGGCUUUGGCCGAAGGGGACCCGCGGGAGCUAAGGGCAACAAGGGCGGCCCCGGCCAGCCAGGCUCGGUGGGAGAGCAGGGGACCCGAGGUGCACAGGGUCCACCUGGUCCCACAGGUCCUCCAGGCCUGAUUGGUGAACAGGGCAUUUCUGGGCCUCGGGGAAGUGGAGGGACCGCGGGUGCUCCUGGAGAACGUGGCAGGACCGGUCCCCUGGGAAGGAAGGGUGAGCCUGGAGAGCCAGGACCAAAGGGAGGCGUCGGGAGCCGGGGCCCCCGAGGGGAGACGGGUGAUGAUGGCAGAGACGGGGUUGGCAAUGAAGGACGCAGAGGCAAAAAAGGAGAAAGAGGAUUCCCUGGAUACCCAGGUUCAAAGGGUGCCCCUGGUGAGCCGGGGACAGGCGGAGCGGUGGGACCCAAAGGCAUUAGAGGCCGAAGGGGAAAUUCAGGACCUCCAGGGGCAGUUGGGCAGAAGGGAGACCCUGGCUAUCCAGGACCAUCUGGUCCCAAAGGCAACAGAGGGGACUCCAUGGAUCAAUGUGCCCUUGUCCAGAGCAUCAAAGAUAAAUGCCCUUGCUGCUAUGGGCCCCUGGAAUGUCCUGUCUUCCCGACGGAGCUGGCCUUUGCUUUAGACACCUCAGAGGGUGUCACCCAAGACACAUUUAGCCGGAUGAGGGAUGUGCUUCUGAAGAUUGUGGGUGACUUGACCAUUGCUGAGAGCAACUGCCCGCGGGGGGCACGUGUGGCUGUGGUCACCUACAACAACGAGGUGACCACGGAGAUCCGGUUUGCUGACUCCAAGAAGAAAUCGGUCCUCCUGGACAAGAUCAAGAACCUUCAGGUGGCUCUGACAUCCAAGCAACAGAGUCUGGAAACAGCCAUGUCCUUCGUGGCCAGGAACACAUUUAAGCGCGUGAGGAAUGGAUUCCUGAUGAGGAAGGUGGCUGUUUUCUUCAGCAAUAAGCCCACAAAGGCAUCCCCACAGCUCAGGGAGGCCGUGCUGAAGCUUUCAGAUGCAGGGAUCACGCCCUUGUUCCUCACGAGCCAGGAGGACCGGCAGCUCAUCAAUGCAUUACAGAUCAAUAACACAGCGGUGGGACAUGCACUCGUCCUCCCCGCUAGGAGAGAUCUCACGGACUUCCUGAAGAAUGUCCUCACGUGUCAUGUUUGCCUGGACAUCUGCAACAUUGACCCAUCCUGUGGAUUUGGCAGCUGGAGGCCUUCCUUCAGGGACAGGCGAGCGGCUGGCAGCGAUGCAGACAUUGACAUGGCGUUCAUCCUAGAUAGCUCUGAGUCCACCACUCUGUUCCAGUUCAAUGAAAUGAGGAAGUACAUAGGGUACCUGGUCAGACAGCUGGACCUCAGCCCAGACCCCAAGGCCUCCCAGCACUUCACCAGGGUAGCCGUUGUGCAGCAUGCACCCUACGAGUCUGUGGGGAACGCCAGCGUGCUGCCCGUGAAGGUGGAAUUCUCCCUGACUGACUACAGCUCCAAGGAGAAACUGGUGGACUUUCUCCACAGCAGAAUGACACAGCUGCAGGGGACCAGGGACCUGGGCAGUGCCAUUGAAUAUACCAUAGAGAACGUCUUUGAAAGCGCCCCCAACCCACGGGACCUGAAGAUCAUGGUUCUGAUGCUGACGGGAGAGGUGGAGAAGGAGCAGCUGGAAGAGGCCCAGAGAGUCAUCUUGCAGGCCAAAUGCAAGGGUUACUUCUUCGUGAUUCUCAGCAUUGGCAGGAAGGUGAACAUCAAGGAGGUAUAUGGCUUUGCCAGCGAGCCAAAUGACGUCUUCUUCAAACUACUGGAUAAGUCGACUGAACUCAACGAAGAGCCUCUGAUGCGCUUUGGGAGGUUGUUACCAUCCUUUGUCAGCAGUGAAAAUGCUUUUUACUUGUCCCCAGAUAUCAGGAAAGAGUGUGAUUGGUUCCAAGGGGACCAACUGUCAAUUAAGAACCCUGUGAAGUUUGGUCACAAACAAUUAAAUAUCCCGAAUAAUGUAACUUCAAGUCCUACAUCCAAACUAGUGACCACCACAAAGCCAGUGACCACCACAGAACCAGUGACCACCACGACCAAGCCAGUGACCGUGGUAAACCUGCCGGCCUCGAAGCCGGCUGCAGCAAAGCCAGCCCCGCCCAAACCAGCUGCUGUGAGACCCGUGGCCUCGAGGCCUGUGGCCACCAAACCCGAAGCCACCAAGACAGCCACAGUCAAACCUGCAGUGGCCGCAAAGCUGGCAGCCGCGAAGUCAGUGGCCCCAAAGCCAGCUGCUGUAAGGCCCCCCACUGUAGCCAGACCAGUGGCCACCAAGCCCGAGACCCCCAAGCCCCAGGCAGCCAAACAGGCAGCCACCAAACCAGUCCCUGCUAAGCCUGCAGUGAAGGCAUCCCGAGAGGUCCAGGUAUCUGACAUCACCGAGAACAGCGCCAGACUCCGCUGGGAGAGGCCCGAGCUCCCCAGCCCUUACUUUUAUGACCUCACUGUCACCUCGGCCCAUGACCAGUCCCUGGUGCUGCGGCAGAACCUGUCGGUGACGGAGCGUGCCAUUGGGGGCCUGCUUGCUGGCCACACGUAUCAUGUGGCCGUGGUCUGCUACUUGAAGUCGCAGGUCAGAGCCACCUACCAAGGAAGCUUCAGCACAAAGAAAGUUCAGCUUCCCUCUCUACAAGCAAGGUCGGCUUCUAGUUCAACCAUCAAUCUCAUGGUGAGCACGGAACCGGUGGCUGGUGGUGAGACGGACAUAUGUAAGUUGCCCAAAGAAGAAGGAACUUGCAGGAAAUUCAUGUUAAAAUGGUACUAUGAUGUGGAGACCAAAAGCUGCAUGAGAUUCUGGUACGGAGGCUGCAGUGGCAACGAAAACAGAUUUAAUUCACAGAAAGAAUGUGAAACGGUUUGCGCUCCUGCGCUCGUCAACCCCGGAGUCAUUGCUGCCAUGGGGACCUAAGCGUGGCCGACUAGUAGCACAUACCUCUUGAAGAAGAAGGAGUCAGCCGUUGCAACUCGUCUCUGUAGAAGCUCUGGGUAUAGACAUCCUCGCACUGUUCCAUUUCCUGCUUUGAUUUACACUCGAACUUGGGAGGAGCCAUUCUGCCGCAUGACCCAUCAAUAUGGUGCUAAAUGUGUCUGUGGACCCAACGCUCUCUGUCUCCGGGCAGUUAUAUCGUAUACUUUGAACGUCGUGUAAUAGUUACCCAUGGCCGGUGUUCAUGUGAACAUUUCUAUAAACUCCGACUCCCCCUGGAGUUUCACACUCUGCCUGUUUCGGGCACAUGUAAGGUCUAGGAUGGAACUCCACAUUUCACCGCUAUCUGUAUACUUCUGCUUGGUUCAUUUCUUCCCUCUCCAGUAAGCAUGACUUUAGAUGGAAAGCCUUGUAUGGCGAAGAAACAAGAGUCCAACUUUUUUUUUUUUAACUUCCCUAAUUUCCUAGAUUAGAUUUCAAGCUAAUUUUCCUUUUCUAAAGCCUCUAACAAAUGACCUAGUUUUAGAAGGAAGCAAAAUCCCUAAAUCUUUGUGCACUGUUGUGGGACCAAUGCCUUCAUUAAAGAAUGAAAAGAAAGUCAUAAUAGAGAAUAUUUUUGGCAUUCCUCUAAUGUUGUGAUUUUUUUUUUUUUUUUUGGUGCAGGGUGGGGGAGGGUGUUUAAUUUUAAUUUUAAAAAUUUUAGGAAAUUUAUACAAAGAAACUUUUUAAUAAAGUAUAUUGAAAGUGUCA